CUCCAUGCAUUUGAUCUGCCUGGAGCUCAGUGUCAUGUCUCUAUUGCUGCCUUGAUCGCCCUUCCUUAUCGAUUACUUCUCAUUUUGCGCAAAACCCCUUCCAAACUAUUCUUCAAGUCUCACUUUCCACCUCCUUCUCCUGCCCACAUCUGCUGCUGCCGCUUCUGCUGCUGCUGCCCAACGUCAUAGCCAUCUGGUACCUCCGUCGCCGUCCCCGGCAGAUCGUCAAUCGCGCACCAUCACAACAUGGCGGGGUGGUUCUCGUCAACUUCUUCACUCGAUGAUCAGGUCGAGAAGGCGACCGCCUCUUCUUUGGAGGACAUCGCUCUCAACCUCGAAAUUUCCGACCUGAUAAGAUCAAAGAGCGUGCAACCGAAGGAGGCGAUGAGAUCAUUGAAGAGGCGACUUGAGAACAAGAAUCCGAACAUCCAACUAGCGACCUUGAAACUGACAGACACGUGUGUGAAAAAUGGCGGUACUCACUUUUUGGCGGAGAUUGCAUCCCGGGAGUUUAUGGACAACCUUGUCUCCCUCCUCAAGACAGAGGGCGUCCCACUGAAUGACGAAGUGAAGGCGAAGAUGUUAGAAUUGAUACAAGACUGGGCCAUGGCAGCUCAAGGCCGUAUGGACCUGAGCUACGUUGGUGAGACUUAUCGGAGGCUACAGGACGAGGGUUUCCGGUUUCCACCCAAGACUCAAAUCAGCGGAAGCAUGCUGGAAAGCAGUGCGCCUCCAGAAUGGAUUGACUCCGAUGUCUGUAUGCGCUGUCGCACUGCCUUCAGCUUCAUGAACCGCAAGCAUCAUUGUCGCAACUGCGGCAACGUCUUUGAUGCACAAUGCUCUAGCAAGACGCUUCCUCUGCCUCAUCUCGGAAUCCUUCAGCCUGUUCGGGUGGACGACGGGUGCUACGCCAAAUUGACUUCAAAGGCCUUUUCAACUGCGGCACUAUCCGAUAGAUCUGCAUUCAAGAACAAUUCAAUCACCAAGUCUAGCGUCAUGGAGCCUCGUGGGGGACGAGCGGAGAGCGGCUUUGAUGACGAUUUGCGUCGUGCUUUGCAAAUGAGCUUAGAGGAGGCUCAAAAUAAGGGCUCGAGCGGCUACGUCCCACAAAACAGGAUCGUCCCGGAACCUCCUAAAGCCGUCAGUCAGCCCAGUGUAGAGGAAGAGGAAGAUGCCGACCUUAAGGCUGCUAUCGAGGCAUCAUUGCGGGACAUGGAACAACACAAGCAGAAACACGCAGCCGCUCUCAAGAACGCCCCGGUUGCUGAUACGUCGACUCAUGCGGGCGCAGUGGUAGCGCCGAUUCCCCAAAACCCCUAUGAGCUUAGCCCUGUGGAAGUCGAAAACAUCCAUCUUUUCGCUGCUCUCGUUGACCGCCUGCAACACCAGCCCCCGGGCACUAUCCUACGGGAGCCUCAGAUUCAAGAACUAUACGAGAGCAUUGGAGCGCUCCGGCCCAAGUUGGCUAGAAGCUAUGGAGAAACGAUGAGCAAGCACGAUACUCUGUUGGACCUCCAUGCCAAGCUAUCGACGGUCGUUCGCUACUAUGACCGCAUGCUAGAGGAACGUCUUUCUAGCGCCUACGCUCAGCAUAACCUGGGUUAUGGGGGGGUCCCUGGCGGAUCCCCAUACCCCAAUAUUUACCCCUCGAUGCCCGCUCCCUCAAUGGAGGCGAAGUCAGGCACCGAGAACUAUUAUUAUGGGAAUCCCAAUGUAGCCGAAAGCUUCCAGCCUUCCGGCACACCCUACUCGCAGCCUACGUCAGAGAGAGAACGCGCCAGAACCAUGAGCCCGAGUUUAUACCCACAGCCCUCUCAAACUAUGCCACCUAACGCGCCGUGGAAUGGCAAUCCCCAUGCGGUGGCAUCACCUCACAUGGGCAGCGCCAGUGCGGCACCUCCCAACAAUCCUUCGGCCUAUGCGCCACCCACGCAAUUUUAUGCACCUCCACCGCACCCGGAACAAGACCCGAGUCCCUACCAGCAAUCGCGGCAUGGGGAGCCAGAGGCGCCUUAUCAACCGUCGCCUGUGAUGCGACAUGACUCUCACUAUCAACCGUCGGCCCCGAGCGCUCCGAGCGCCCCGGAUCAAUCACCCCCGGCAGACCCACAGCCGCCGCCGUCGCAGCCCGCGGACCCGUCGGGAUCAUCGUUCUAUAGUCAACACCAGCCUUCUCCCGGGCCUACAACUUUCGCAGGAUACCCACACGGGGUCCCAACACAUCCCAACCCACAAGGAGGAGAAUAUCCUUCUGGUGGUGUGCCUGGUGCGCAUCCAGCAUAUCAACAAACAACACCGUCCCGGCCGCCCGUCGAGGAGAGUUUGAUUGAGCUGUAG